AACGGGCUAGUUCUUUUUGUCGGCAUGGGACGUUCUGCAGAUGACUGACUGUUUCAGUUGCCUUAAAGGAUGUUAAUAAUUAGAAGAGUUGUUACAAGUCACUGGCUUCAGGAGAGAGGCCUACAUUUAACAUGUCCGCGUGGAACACUGAAAUUACACUUGAGGUAAGUCUCGGUUGGCGUGCCGGUAGCGGUGAUGGCAGAUCGCGUCAACUUGUGAAUCAUGUCAGUGGUCUUAGCGGACGAGCGACGUUGCACCGUUCACCACCCGUCGUGCCCCCUCGACAGCGGAUGCUCAAACCCCCGGACCUACCCCUGCCGGAGAUACCAAAAUGCAAGUCAGUGGAGGAGGAUAAAUACUUGUCACCAUACUUGUCAGCUACAAAACCCAAUAACUAUGGGCGGGAUCCAACAGAAACGCGACAUGUUGAGAAGUCCGUUUGUCAGGCGUCUGCCUCCGUGAUGCUGUACGAUGACAACAUGAAGAAAUGGGUGUCAUCCGGGGCACCAGGGAUGUCACGGGUACACAUCUAUCAACAUACAGUCAACAAUUCAUUCCGUGUGGUGGGACGUCUCACAACGGACCAAUCGGUUGUCAUUAACUGUGCCAUCUUGAAGGGGCUGAAGUACAACCAAGCAACAGCCACAUUCCACCAAUGGCGUGACAGUAGGCAGGUCUACGGGCUCAACUUCCAAGGUGUAGAAGACGCUGAAGGGUUCGCCUCGUCCAUGAUGAAAGCACUGGACUUACUAUCGUCACAAGCGCCAUCGAGAGGGCCUCCUCCUCCGAGCCAGACAACCCAGAUUAACUUCCAAGCUGAAGAAGAGGCAAAACAAAGAGCACUAGAGCAGCAGCGUGCUGCAGAACAACAACGUGCUGCAGAGCAACAGAGGGCAGCAGAGCAACAGCGGAUAGCGGAGCAACAGCGACAAGAACAGCUACAAAGGCAACAGCAGCUCGAACAGCAACAGAGACAACUAAAUGAGCAGCGACACUCGGCAGAAAUAACCAGUGCUCCAGUUGUACCCCAGCCCCCAGCAGCACCUCCAGCCCCUCCUGCACCUCCAGCUGCCCCAGCACCGCCCCCAGCUCCACCAGUACCAUCGCAACCCAUGGCAUCCCCACCCCAACCGAGCGGUGGGUCUGCCCCGGGUGCACCCCCACCACCUCCACCCCCUCCUCCACCAUCAGCAGGUGGUGGUGGGGGACCCCCUCCCCCACCCAGUGGGGAUGGAGGACUAGCCGCAGCUCUUGCUGGCGCUAAACUGAAGUCAACUAUCAGAGAUGAGAUGUCCAACGGGCCCAGCAGUGCUCCGAGUAAACCUGCAGGAGGCGGAGGAGGAGGAGACUUUAUGAGUGAGAUGCAGAUGAAACUACAAAAGCGUUUAAAAAUGGCUGGAAGUGGUGAAACCAAACCAGCAGCGCCCUCCACUGGUAGGACGUCACCACCUAGAACUCAGACAGAUGGCGGUAGUAAAAAGCCAUGGGAGAAAGACAGCAAGCAGUCGGGUCCACCGACAGUCAACAGAUUUGACCGCUUUGGGUCCAAGUCCAACGGCACGGCCAGUGAUGCUCAAGGUUCACCAAAACUUAACAGAAGGCGAGGCUCGACGCAUAGCAACGGCUCCCUGAAUGACAAUGACUUUGAGAAACUCAAACAAGAAAUCCUCUCUGAGAUCAGGACACAGUUGAACGAGGUCAAACUAGAAAUCAUUGAAGCUGUUCGAGCAGAGAUCAGCAAAAGAUAAGACACCGUUCAACUAUUGACCAUCUACAGUGCCUCAAUUAUUGUUUUUUUUUUAAACAGCGCCACCAUUCCCCCCGUCCUGAAAGUAACCAAACUAUAGAUCUAAGAGCAUUUUAGAAAAGUGGGUCGCCAGAUAGAUAAAUAGUAAACACUCCCGAGAAGAACUUGCCUGGUGCAUGUCUAGUACUUUUUGUAUAAUGUGUUACGUUUCUUUUUGCAUAGAUUAAAGGGGAUUUUACCAAUGCAUUGCCACCACAGCUGUGGCAAUGAGAAAAACUACGAAAAAAAGAAGAAAAAAAGCAAUAGAUAUUUUGCUGAUAGUUUUAAAAAGAUGUCCCUUUUAAGCGUUUUGAUGACUAUUAUGAAUUUGAUUUUGUGUCAUUUCUCACCUAUGCAAGAAGGCAUUAUAUAAAUAUAACAAAAUAUCUUAAAGGACCUCUGUAUAGUUGUUAACAUUUAGAACGCUAGUUUUUCAAAGCAGUUUUUGGAGUCAUGAAUCAGGUUUGACUUCUUUUACCAUUAGCAAACCGUUUGUUUGAAGAAACAAAAUUAUUGGUCGGUGUCUGAGAGACCCAUGUCUUUCUUUCAAUGAAAUAGUCAUGGAACUUUUUUUUGUAAGAAAUGCACUUUGCUUUGGCUACUUUUUUGUGAGGUAUUUAAUUAAUUCUCGACCUGACUUCACCAAUUAUCCUUUUGUGCUGUACAUGCCUGCAUUGUUUUAGAAGUAAAUAGUUAUGGGUAUAAAUCAAUUCUAUUAUAAAGGGGGGUAAAUAUUUGUGGGGGAUUCAGCAGGCCUGUGGCUGUGCAUGGAAAUAUGGACUCUAACCCAUUUACUGGGUGGUAUCAUGUGUAACAUUCACUCUGUGGACAUCAGAUUCUUCAACACUGUUAUAAAAACACUGUGUGGGCAUGUGUAAGUCCACAUAGUGUUUCAAGACCAUAUACCAUAUUAUUUUUAAUUUUAUUUACAAAAUUAACAAGAAAACUGAGUCUAGGGCGUUCACAACUGAUUGCAAUUACUCUCAAGGCAGUCCUCAUGCGUUAUACUGUUGUUUCCUUUAGUUGAUAAUGUGAAUAUGUUUUACUCGUUCAAUGAUUGAAAUGAACUAACAUGAAUGCUAAUGUUACCGUACAACUCGAACGUCCUCAUGUGCAGGUACAAUUUCAUAACCUUUCACAGCAUGGCAAUUCCUACAAGCAAAUGAUUCUUUCAAAGCUAAAGCCUGUUACUGGCAAAAGUGCUGUAUAACAAGCAAAGCUUGUGACUGGUUCACUGCUGAUCUUUGCUAAGCAAAUGAAGUUGUGUAGCUCUAUCAUCAGGGCCCAAUUUCAUGGAGCUGCUUAAGCACAAGAUAUUUAUACUUAACUUACCUGUGUAAGGUUACCAGCCAAACUACCAUUUCACAUACAUGGUACAGUACAUGGUGUACAUGUACAUUUUGUGACUGGUAUCCUGCAUCUUUCUGCUAAGCUAAAAGAGUUUUAAGCACUAUUUUCCGCUUAAGCAGCUCUAUGAAAUUGGGCCCUGCUUGAUAGAAUUUGUUGUUGUUAACUGUUUAUUGUAUAUUAUUUUAAAGAAAGGAAUAACUUGAGGGACGGUCAAUUUUUGAAGCAAAGGGUUCAUUGGGCCGUAUUCAUAAAAAAUAGCAAUUGCUUUUUCUAGGCUUUUGCUUACGUCUUUAUACAUACAUCUGUAUAAAGAUCUAAGCAAAAGCCUAAAAAAAGCAAUUACUAUUUCUAAUGAAUAUGGCCCAUUGAGUCUGCAACCUUUUGCUCACAAAGGUGCUGUGAUUUUGUGGACGUUCCUGAUAGUAAGUACAUACCAAACAUUUACAAGCACUGUAAAGAAGGACAAGAGUGACAGGUUUUUUAAAGAUUUGCUUUGCAAUUACAGUUGCCAUGGUUAAAACAUUAUCAGCAUGAGCGUUCAGUGUAAAAUCUUUUCAACUGAUUUUGCUUGCACACAGUUCCAGAUCUUACUCUUGUAUUGUAAAUCGAACCCAUUUUUUGUACUCAGACGUGAUCAUAAUUUAAAUUAAUUAUCUUUAAUGAAGUUGAGUAUUGUUUACUUGUAUGUUCUGUUUCUGAUGGAUAUGUACCUGGUAUUUUUCAAUGAAUAACCAUCAUGAGAGCAUAGAUUAUGUGACUUUACACCCGUGGGAGACUUUUAAGAGGAUAGCGGGCUUCACAUUCACCCGCCCUUUUCCUUUGUUCUCAAUGUCUAGAACAAUUUGCCUGUAUGCAUUGACGUUAUCACACCGCAUAUCUUAGAGGUAACAAUGACAAAACAAUGAAAAAUAGACCUUUAUCAGCCGGUGCAGCCAUCUUGAGUUUCUCCCAUUGAUAUAAAUGUUACCAAAUUGAGGAGGGAAGAACAAAAUAGUCAGGUGCCUAAUUGCAAAUGAUUAUUAGCAUUCAUUAUUGUUUUGGAUACGAGGAACAUGACCAAGAUGGAGGCAGCAUGAUAAAAGUCUACACAUAGAAAGGGUCAGGUGAGUGGGGCGCCCUCUAUCAUCUCAAAAGUCUCUAACAAGUGAUUGGGGGCGGCUUAAAGUAUUUUUUUGCUCAUUUUAUUCUAAAGGUACAUAUUGUGCCAACUUAUCAACCACAUGCAUAAAUAUGCAUUUUGUACAUAUGCUAAUUAAUAUACUCCUAUAAAUACAAAUUAUACUAAUGAAUUAUGUUCCUAUGUAGAUGUUUUUGCUGUUUAACUAGGCCUCUGGAUUUUUUCUUUCUUAAAUUAGGUGUUUAUAUAUAUAUGUAAUAACUUGGUCCACAGAAUAAACAAUUAUGGUUUAUGCGAGAAUUAAUAUAAACAAGAAUCUGUUUUAAAUAUUAA